AUGCGAGGAAGCGCCGCCCCGUCGGGGGCGUUCUCCGGAUACUACGCGGAUAAGAGGAGGCUGGCGAGACGCAACCGACCCUGGCGCCAGGGCGUCAUCUUCGGGUUCAUCCCAGCGACGAUCCAGAACCUGGCGAUACUCCUGGGCGGGUCGCUGUUCGUGACGUUCACGCUGAUAUCCGCGCUGAUGCGCGCGGAGCAGUCCCCGCCAAAGCCCGCGCGCGACGUCGCGUCGUCCGCGCCGAAACGCGCGCCCCUCACCCCCGCGCAGCUCGAGGGAACCCCCGCGGACGCGCUCGCCAUCGGACCCACGAACGCGUUCUGCGCUCGACCGGACGACCCACUCGUGUGCGCGCACGGCACCGUGGGCUCCAGGGACUGGCCCGCCAAUGUUGAUCCCGUCCCGUCCGGUGCCACCCCGGGUGCCAACACGAUUCGCCCGCUGCCAAACACGGUCCCAGCGCUCGCCGCCGCGGUGGACGCAGGGUUCGAGUGCGUCGAGGUGGACGUCUCGCGGACCAAGGACGGGCACCUCGUCGCGCUGCACUCCAGGGAACUGCGGCACCUGACGAACGGGGCGAAGACGUCGGUGGCGGAGAUCACGCUUCGGGAGGCGAUGGCGCUGGAGAUGCCGAGCGGUUCGUACGGCGUCGCGACAUUCGCGGAGGCUAUGGCGACGGUGGUGAACCGCGGUUUACGGCAGAUAACCGUGGACUUCAAGGAGGACGGGCGGCCGGGGCACGCGGUGAGCUUCGCGCAGACGGCGCUGGCGGAGAUCGCGAUGGUGGACCCGGACAACGGGUGCCCCGAGUGCGUCUACUGGGGCAAGGACGACUCCGUGAUGCUGGACGUGUUGAGGGAGUUUCCCGAGGCCAGAGUCGGGUACACGGUGGCAAACUUCAGCGCGGCGAUGCGCGACGGCGGGCUGGAUAACCACGCCGACGCGCGUGCACGACCCAUCAUAGCCCGGGCGUACUGCGCGGCGGUGCAGAGCGAGAUGGCGAGUCACAAACUGAGACGAGAGUGCGUACGAGCCGGCGUGUCUAAAGUGUACGCGUGGACAAUCAACGACGCGGCUAAGGUCAGGCGCGUCGCCAACGAGGGCGUGGACGCCAUCGUGACGGACGAGCCGGGGGAGGCGAUGCGGCAGAUACGCGCGCUUCGGGACGGGUGCCCGAGGCCGGAGAGCACCAAGAGCGGGCGCGCGGCCGAGCGGCACAACCGGUCGUGA